CUCCGCGGGCGCCCCCCGCCGCCGCUCCCUCGGCGCGGCCCGGCCUCCCCGGCGCCCCCAUACUCCCGUCGCACAGCUGGCACCCCGGCUCCCUUUCAGCCCGGCGCCGCCGUCUCACCUGGUGUUUGCAUCUCGCCCUCCAACUUUGCCAUUGGCGGCGGCGCGACGUGUGGGAGAGCCCUGCGCCUCGCCCGCCCGGACCAGCCUGCCCCGGCGCCGAGGUUGUUCUCGCGGUUGGCUUAGCCCAGCAUGCAGUCUUGAGCCUGGCUUAGGCCACACCCACUCCAACUCUGAAUAUCCUCCACGGAGGCUCAGAGAAGGCCCUAGAUUGAUCCGAAGGGACCCCGGGUAACAUCUCUUCAUCGAGAAACCACCGCAGCUCCAGGGAGCCGGGGGAGUGUCACUGUCAGCUCUGGCACAAGCCAGUAUGGCUAUUGCCCUGCAGCCCAGUGAUUUGGUGUUUGAGUUCGCAAGCAACGGGAUGGAUGACAUCCACCAGCUGGAAGACCCUUCAGUGUUCCCAGCUGUGAUCGUGGAGCAGGUCCCCUAUCCCGAAUUACUGCAUCUGUACUCGGGACUGGAUCUGGAUGACGUCCACAAUGGCAUCAUAAGGGACAGGACCUUGUGCAUGACACAAGAUCAGAUCCUAGAAGGCGGUAUUUUGCUGGCAGAUGACAAUGUGUCCACCUCACAAAAUGUGUCAUCUACUGAAGUCCUGUUCAAUGUGGAAUCUCCCAACGACGUCCUGGAUGAGAAGCAGAUCUUCAGCACACCUGAAAUACUUCAAGACUCAGACUCUGCGCAGGCCAUCAGUCUGCCCAACCUUCUGUUUUCUGCCUCGGAACCUGAAGAGCCGAAGAAGACAAGCGAUACUGGUGAAGCAAAGACAAGUGACCAGAAGGAGCAGCCUCUGGAGGAGAGGGUCUCCAGAGAGGAAAGUCCUAAGAAGACGGGGAAGUCAAGGAAGAGAAGCCGGAAGACAAAGAACAGCCGAAGUACCUCACCUGUCACUGACCCCAGCAUGCCCAUACGGAAGAAAUCCAAGGAUGGCAAAGGCAGCACCAUUUAUCUGUGGGAGUUCCUCCUGGCUCUUCUGCAAGACAGAAACACCUGCCCCAAGUACAUCAAGUGGACCCAGCGAGAGAAAGGCAUCUUCAAGUUGGUGGAUUCCAAGGCUGUGUCCAAGCUGUGGGGCAAGCAGAAAAACAAGCCUGACAUGAACUAUGAGACCAUGGGCCGGGCUCUAAGAUAUUACUACCAGAGAGGAAUCCUGGCCAAAGUGGAAGGGCAGAGGCUGGUCUACCAGUUUAAGGAGAUGCCUAAGGACUUGGUGGUGAUCGAGGAUGAGGAGGAGAGCGCUGAAACACCGGAAGCCCCUCCCCAGGCCUCCACUUCCUCCACACCCUCCACCAGCACCAUCCGGAGAGCCAGCCCCAGGGUUGGAACCAGAGCCUCCUCCCAGGACAAGGAUAGCCCUUCCUGGGAGAAGCCAAAGGUUCACCACACUGGUCUCCAGCCAUCCGCAAGCCUGGAGUUAGGGCUGUCUGUGGACGAGGAGGUUCCCACGACCUCCACCAUGCUUAUCUCUCCACUACAGAGCCAGGCCAAGCUCACCAAAACUGUGAGCACUGCUCCGGUGCCCAGCAACAUCCACUUAGGAGUGGCCCCCGUGGGGCCGGGCUCCACCGUCACCCUGCAGACCAUCCCGCUGACUACGGUGCUGACCAAUGGGCCUCCCGCCAGUACUACUGCUCCUACUCAGCUGGUUCUCCAGAGUGUUCCACAGGUGUCAACAUUCAAGGACACCUUCACUUUGCAGGCCUCCUUCCCCCUGAACGCCAGUUUCCAGGAGAGCCAGGUGGCAACCCAAGGGGCCCCAUUGAUCCUCAGUGGCCUCCCUCAACUUCUGGCGGGGGCUAACCAUCCGAGCAACCCAGUACCCUCCCAGGUCAUAGGUGCUGGGUCAGCAGGGCCUAGCCCUCAGCCCCCGGGGACUGUCAUUGCCGCCUUUAUUAGGACUUCUGGUGGCACAUCAGUGCCUGGGGUAAAGGAGGGGCCCUUGAGGUCCCCCUCGUAUGUGCAGGGUGUGGUGACUGGGCCCCCCGUGGAGGGGCUGUUGGUUCCCGAAGAGACCCUGAGAGAGCUCCUGAGAGAUCAGGCCCAUCUUCAGCCACUUCCGGGGCAGGUGCUUUCAAGGGCUUCCCACAACCUGAGCCUUGUGGGGAACCAGACGUUCUCUCCCCCCAGCCGCCCCACUGUUGGGCUAACCCCAGUGGCUGAACUGGAGCUCUCCUCGGGCUCGGGGUCCCUGCUUGUAGCUGAGCCUAGUGUGAGCGCAUCCGGGAGCCUGCUGACCAGAUCUCCAACCCCAGCCCCUUUCUCCCCAUUCAACCCCACUUCCCUCAUUAAGAUGGAGCCUCAUGACAUCUAAACAAAGGGAUCCAAAGUAUGACCUACCAGGCAACAUUGUGAAGCAUUUUCAUGUGGACUUAAAUAGAAUACCUGCCCUUACGUCUAAUGGGGUGGGAUACAUUUGAUACCAAGUCCCCAGGCCUGUUUUGACAUUGCCAUGAUCAAACUAUGCCCUGCUCAAGCAUCCCUGGCAUCGGACCAUGGCCUUCAAGAGCACUAGGGAGUAGAUACACUCUUGGAAGGAUAAUGGGCUAACUUGGUGAUGGAGGGAAAGCCCCAAGUCAGGAAACAGCGUGUGGCCAGAGCUGGUCAGAGGCCGCAUGGGAAGAGUUAAGCCUGGUCAUACUUCGUUAUCUCGACUCCCUACGCGGGGAACUUACCAUCCCAUAUGUGAAUAUCUUUGUACGCAUUUGUGUGCACUUGUGGAUCUGUGUCUUCAUUUCUUUGAGGAGGAUGGGAUGUCGAUGUCAGGUCUUUUCUUCAAGUAAGUGUGUGUGCGUGUGCUUGUAUGUGUGCAUGUGUCCGUCCAUUCCUAGGUCAGCCACAGACAUGAGGCAGUUUUAAGAGAAAGCUCUCUCUGUGUCUCUCUGUGUCCCCCCCUCCCCCCGCCAACCACAAUGCCAUUCUGAGACUAGAAAGUGGCAGUUGGAUGCCCCCAGUCUGGAGAGAUGUCAUGGAGAUGGAACAGGUCUAGGUAGGCGAGCUUCACUGGGUACACAUGCUGAGAGGACAUUGCUAAGGACACGAGGUCACGGGUGUUAACACCAUAGCGGAGGGAAAGGAGCACACCUAGCCGUGGGAGCAAUUGCUUGCCAUAGUCACAUUGCCAUCAGGCUGGAACCUGGAGUACUACUUCCCGGAAGGAUGUGGAGCAAAGCGCUUCCCUGUAGUUAGCCCCAAUGAUAACGCCUAGCCAGGCCUGAAUGGACGGAAUGCUUGUGGCCAGGGCUCUUGGCUGCUUGUGGAAGAUCGGCCCUGGGCUUGACUGGCAGCAGCUUUGCUUGGCACAGUGCUCUUCGGUCCCUAUCUCAGGUUCCCUCCUCAUUCCGUUUGCCCUGAGAUGUUCCACCUGGCACGAGUUGCUGAGGCUAGUGGGGUGGCACCCCAUCUCCAGCCACACAGUUCUGCUCUCUGCCCCACCCUCUCCCUCUCACAGUGGCUGGGAAAGACUUCAGGUGGACCGUUGCUUUUCAUCCCCGGCUGUCCCACCUAAGCCAGCUCUUUCUUCAAGAAGACAGAGCUAGCACACCUAAGUUCCCACGGCUCCCAUCGGCAGUACUCGACUCUCUGCUUCUAGUCUGUAUCUGCAAAGGGUUCUCCUAAUCUCUCUUAAGUCAGCCUCUCAGCCGAGGGCCUCCGUCUCCCUUCCUUGAAUCAGCUUGCCUCUCUCCUACCAGGUUUAGGGGCAAUGCUUAGAGAUGUCGAGCCCAGAAGCAACUCUAGCCUCUGGUGAAUUUGGUUAAUGUGAACCAGUGCUCCAGGACCUUUCCUGUGUCCUCUGUGCCAAAGCACCCACUUGACCUAACUACCUCCCUGGCUGGUCACCAUUCUCCUCUACUGUUCUGUCUCCUUCCCUGGGGGAAGGAACCAUCUGUGGUUAUGCAGGUACACUUGCUACAUUCCCAGCAAUUGGCACUGAACUGUCUGUGCUAAUAAAAUCAGCUUAUGAUGGCAAUCUCUUGAUUGUUGGAAAUAAGCAUCUUGAGAAAAGUUCAGCAUUGUUGUUGCUGUUAUUGUUGCUGUUGUAUUGGGGUUUUAGUUUUUUGAGACAGUAUCUCAUAUAGUCGUAUCUCAUAUAGUCGUUGUUGGCUUCGAACUUGCUAUGUAGGUGAAGAUGACCUUGAAAUUCUGGUUCUCUUGCUUCCACCUUGUGAUGCUAGAAUUGCAGGUGUGUACCACCAUGCCCAGUUCGAGUGCUUCUGUGGAUCAAACCCAGGGCUUUGUGCAGCCUAGACAAGCAUGCUUAUCAAUUGUGCUACACCCCCAGCUCAGCCAGUUUUAAUGAGCACAAAGGCACAGUGUGAGUUGGGGUGGUCUUGCAGCAACCUGGAAUGUAAUAUCUGUAUAUACUUCCUAACUUCAAGGAAAUUAUCUUAGGGCCAUCAACACUUUCUAUAUCUAUAUCUUCUCCAUGGUUCUCAGUCCUUGUUAGCCCACACUUGCCGUGCCUCCACCUAUUGUACUUUCUGUUUCUGUGUGGGCUCCUCAUCAUCUCUUUAUAUGUGGCUGUUCUCCAAGGAUCCCACCAUUGUCAUGGGCCAGGUCUUUGAAAUGAGUUUGCAAUCCAGAGCCUACUUUUCUAAGUCCGUGGCUCACAGCUCUAGUGAGCUGCUUCCUGACCUAGACUUGAGAUCUCUGAGAUGUCUGGUGGCUACCUGCACUUGACCCUGCCCCUCUCCUCAUCUCCUGACAUCCAGCCUGUCUACAUUCCCAGAGCAUGCAGCCUAGCUCAUGCUGCUCAGCUUCCCCCUUCCCAACACGUCAGCACCCUGUCCAGUGUGACUUCUCAUCUUGCAGGCCACUUAUUCUCUCCUUCUCUGCUAAAAGGCCUGCAGUGAGUCCUGGCCCGCAGGUGGGGCAAUAUUUCAAAUACCCUCCAGGCUUUUCUAGAGGCCUAGCACUAACCCUUUAGUUUCUUAGUCAUGACAUGGCCCAAGGGGUCCUGCAGGAAUUGGGGAGCACUUGGAGAGCUAAUGGCAGUAAUUCUAGAAAGAUCUGAAAUUUGGUGUCAGCCUCACCAGGAAACAAAGCUCAAAGCUGGUGGUCCUAUCUAAUAUUCCCCACCCCACUCCAAGGUACUACUCCAAAAGGAUUCCAUGGUCUUUGAAUUUAUUACUGCCAUAAAUUCCCACCUAUCAUUUUCUUUCCUGGGUUCUGUUCAACCAAAAUGUUUUCUCUCCUCACUGACAACUAAAAAUUCUGUCUCAAGACUGAAUUCGGUAGAAGCAGCCAGUUCUUAAGUUUAAUUCCAACUUGUAACUGCCACUUGAUGGGCAGGCGAUUAUAAACAGCCUGACAUCUCUAUCGUAAUCACAAACUGUUACAUAGACCUUAAGUUUAGAUCCGGACCGAUUUAGUCGUGAGUGUGUGUGUGUGUGUGUGUGUGUGUGUGUGUGUGUGUGUGAUCUCAUGAGGGAUAGGCAUCACUGUUUCACCACAAAAUGGGGCAGACUACAGAGCAGAUGAGCAUCAAUGACUAGUUACUGAUUGAUCUGAUGAGAGAUGGGGACCUAGAGGUAGGUGACCCCUGUCCUCCCCUCUCCUCAGACAGUUACCCCGGGUGCUUCACUGCCCUGGGCCUGCCAUUCCUGGCUCAGUGCCCCCACGGUACACCCCGUCCCCUAUCUUAACACCCAAGAUUUCUAUUACUUUGAACAUCCUCUGAUCCUAAAGACACCUCCCUGUCCGGUUUCUUUUCUACACAAAGUGUUAAACUAGCUACCCAGGUAACUAACCCUUGCUGACAAGAGUUACGGAAGAGACUGGAGGAGAACCUCAGGAGCAAGAUUUACUUUAAGCAGAGUCGGGUGGCAGAAAUAGCCCCGCUUUCGUGAUGGCCUAAUGGAGUCAGGAGUCAAGUGAAGAUCUGCACCUCCCAGCGGCUGUGUCUCCCUCCCCCGGCUCCCACAGCACUUUGUAUAUACCUCUUAUUGUAGCACAUUGUAUGUAGUUCUUUAAUUGUGUUUAUGUACGUUCCCCCUCCAAUAGACUGUGAGCUCCUCCAGGACAGGAGCUGUGUGCUAGUCAAUGAUGUAUCCCCAGCACCUAGCCACAGUGCCUGACACACAGUAGGUGCUCAAUAAAUGUUUAUU